GUGCAUCCGUGCGUAGUACGGUGGCAGACGCAAGCGAGAACAGCGGAAUAAAUGAAGCUGCAGAAUCCAGAGCCGCAGUUGCACGAGACAUUCAGGUUAUAGACAGACAGCCCUCUUGCGUUUAAACUAGAGAGCUCAAAAUAACCAUCAGUCUCAACGCAGCUCCGCGUCUGCCAUUUUUAUUAUGCUGCAUAUAACAUGGCGGUUUUUCAACGCGCAUCAGCUCGAAAAGAUCAUCUAAUACAAAAUCUCAUGUCGUUGAUCGUCUCUUUAAAAGAUAAAAGACAAAAUCAUGUCUUGCUGUAACUGAUUAAUUUUACAAUAUAGGUUUUCUCUUUAAAUAAUAUAGUCCGUACCCAGAUAUCAAAUAAAAUGUAAAAACCGGGCACUGGAGUAAACUGAUUCAUCCAUCAAACAGAAAAACAGCAGAAGAAAAUGAGAUACAAGAUCCCAGGAGCCGCUAUGGAUCGUGUUAGCCUACUUUGGCGGCUGCGUCGUCGUGCCCGUCGAGGGGCACUGUGCAUGGCACUGUUUUGUAUGACUAUGGCUGUCCUAUACACCUUCUGUGCUGAAAACAGCAUACCUGUCACAGAUGCCAUUUUCGGGGUGAAGGCAAGAACUCGAGCUCAACCGAGGGCACAUUCUAUUGUAAAGGUGCUGCGUGGAACAGGGUCGAAGCCCAUUUAUACAGACCCUCAAAAGCUCCCAGGGGUCAUUCCUGGAGACCCUCAAAAGCCAAUUCCCAUCCUGUCAUCUUCCAACUACUCUAUAGAGAGCAGUAAUAAGGAGAGCAACCUCAAGGGCAAAAGAAGAGAACAUGGCCUUUUUUACUGGCUUCUGGCUCAACCAUUAAGACGUGCCGUAGAGACUAUAUUUGGAAGAACACGGAAAGGAAUUAUGGGUGCUGCGAGUGGAGAUGAAGUUUUUUUCGGGCCUAAUGGGGCACUCGGAGAGGUCUGGAAUGAUGAGAUGUCAAGCACCAUGCUGGGAAAAAGGCUGAGGAAGGUGGUACAGAACUAUCAGGCAAUGAAUAAAUAUGGGGUUCAGUACCCCAGAACUGAGAGUGCAGCACAUCGGUCUAAACUCAGUGGACCUGAACUUCUUUGUCAGAUUAAGGAGAUGGUACAAAUUACAACUUUAACGCAAGACAUGGAGCCAUUUGCUGGGUUUCCAUGGGCUUCUCAGUUAUCUCCACGCCAACUCACGUCUGAUAUCGGCCCAUUCAAGACCUGUGCAGUGGUAUCGUCUGCGGGUUCUCUCAAAAAUUCUGGAUUGGGAAAGGAAAUUGAUGCUCAUGAUGCAGUGAUACGGUUUAAUGCUGCACCGACAACAGGCUUCGAAAAAGACGUGGGCUCAAAAACAACAGUGCGUUUGAUCAACUCUCAGGUAAUGGCAUCAGAAGAUCAUCAUUUCCUAUCAAGCUCUUUGUACAGUGCGGGUAUUUUAGUAAGCUGGGAUCCUGCCCCUUACUCUUCUGAUCUGCGGGAGUGGUACAAUAAGACCGACUACCCAAUAUUUAAACAGUACCAGCGAUAUCGACGCUUACACCCUCAACAGCCAUUUUAUAUUCUGCACCCACGAAUGGAGUGGCAGCUGUGGCAGCGAAUCCAAGACAACAUGGGCGAGUCUAUACAAAAAAAUCCACCCUCAUCCGGCCUGUUAGGCACAGUUUUAAUGAUGUCUCUGUGUGAAGCGGUACACGUGUACGAGUUCUUGCCUUCCCGUCGAAAAACCGAACUCUGCCACUAUUACCAGCGCUUCAGUGAUGCCGCCUGCACCCUGGGUGCCUACCAUCCAUUACUGUAUGAGAAAAACCUGGUAAAGAGGAUUAAUCAGGGGUCUGACCGUGAUAUUUACAUAUAUGGCAGGGUCACUCUUCCUGGGCUCAAGACACUUAACUGCACACACGGCUCAACGUCCAGCAUGAUGUCAAAGACUUAAGAGUAUGCUGUUUUAUUCUACGUUUUCAGAAUGUAACGGUAAAGUGCAUGAUUCAUUUUACAACUGCAAGAAUCACAUCUGGUUUCUGAGAGAGGCCACAUGAGUUUGGUGGCACUUUAUCUAGAGCAAAGGAGGAGAACGAAACCAAGGCAGAUGUCACCAAGAUCAAAAAUGAACCACUAGCUGUUGUUUAUUGAAAGGAAACUACAUCUCACAGACAGCAGUUGCUAAAUUAAGAGGAAAGUUAUGUAUAUGUGUGAGCUGUCAUAAACUUUUUCUUACCAACUUCUCCAUUUAUAGCAUGACUAUCCAGUUAACAGUGAGAAGUUGAUGGGUGUACAGUAUUCUUGUUCCCAUAGUGGUAAAAUCAUACUGUUUGCUUACCUCUGCUUACAAUAUACCUUCCUCUCAGAUCAGACAAAACUACUGGAAUUACUUGCCGUCACAAACACAAGUUAAUGUACACACAGAAUGCAGAUAUUUGUUAGAUGAAAUAUUGAAAGACAAUAUAAAGCUCUUUCACUGAGAGAACAAAAUAUUAUUUUUCCGUAAUACUGUAGCAAGCAAAGCUGAAUGCCCAAAGCUACCCUGCCACUUCCAUACUGUGCAAGUUUUCAACGUAUGCAAAUGGAACACUGACAACAGUAUUUACGAUAUCCUUACAUUAUUUACAAAAACGUUGCCAACACACAUGCCAUCAGCUUAAUAAUGCUGUAAACUAAUGUAUUUAAGAAAAGCUCUAUUUAAAGAUCUGUAUGCAUUCAGUAAAUACACUGUGACAUGCUUUUACUCUAUAGCACUCCAUAAUGCGUCAUAGGGCCGUUGAGCCCAGUCUUUGAAGAAUUCCUUGCAUGCUUAUCUAAAAUUGCACUUUAUUAUAUAUAGCUUUGAUAAACUUGUAUUUAGUUGUAAUUAUAAACUUAAAGUCUGUCACAGUUAUGAAAAUUGGUUGACAAUUAUCUGUCUAAUAAAUAAUCAAAUAAUGUAAUUAUUGAUUGUCACAAAUUAUGAUUCAUUUAAUAUUUUGUAAAUUGUCACUUGCAGAAUAAGAUUAAUACACUUAACAACUUUGAACAUAAAAUUAAUUAAUUCAAUGAAAAAAUAUACCUUUUAGAAAUGCUCAAAUUCUAUAAAUAAUCCAAAAAAAUCACUAUGAAGUGACCUUCACAGAAAUUGCUGCCAUUAGCAUGAUAAGUCCUGAGAAUAAUUAUCAGAAAUAAUUGCAGUUAGGUCAUAUUUCUGUGAUCAGACAAUUGUUUCAUAAUUGCACUGCCUGAUGAAUGAGUUCAUUAUGGAAAAGUAAAACUACAGCGCAUGUUUGUCCUCUUAACCCACUUUAUUUUCCAACCCCUCCUCAUUUAGCACCUGGCUUCAUUCAGGCAUGUAAUGCCCACGUUUUAACGUUCAAAUCAAUUCCUAAUGGAAGUCAGGUGCUGCCUUACAUUUUUCCUUUAAAUAUUCCAUUUUGCAUUAACAUUUAGGCAUUGCUCAGACAGUUGUAUCCAAAGCGACUUACACAGCAUUAAAAGUAUACAUUUAUUCAAUUUUGAGAAAUCUUGUACAAUGUUAAAGGUACAGUUUACCUCCCCCAAAAAAAUCUGUCAUCAUUUAUUCACCCUCAUGUUGUUCCAAAUAUGUAUAAUUAAAUUUUUGUUCUGAUGACCACAGAGAAAGAUACUUGGAAGAAUGCUUGUAACCAAACAGUUCUUGGCCACCAUUGACUUCCAUAGUAGGAAAAAUGACAAUGGUAGUCAAUAGUGCCCCAGAACUGUUUGCUUUCCUACAUUUUUCAAAAUAUCUUCUUUUGUGUUCAAUAGAACAAAGAAAUUUAUACAGAUCAACUUGUGAGUAAAUGACAAAAUUUUCAUUUUUGGGUGAACUGUACCUUUAACCCAACACGUUUCCAGUUAAGCUACAGGAACAGCUUUGCUUCAAAAUAUGAUUGUUUUACCUUGACUUUAAAUUAAAAUUUGAAACUUAAAACUCACUCAAAAACGGAUAUUUGUAAACAUAUUUAUUGUUUCUGAAUGAGAAGAAUCUUAAUAUGCAAUUUGUAGCAUAUAGCAGAUUAGUGUAACAACAAAAAUAUUAUACAACUAUUUUUUCCAUAUUAUGAAACGCUUGCUUGAUAGCAUCCUGCUGAUGUCUGUCAACUAAAAGUAGAGUUUAGUUGUGUUUCUUGUAAAGUACUUUGUUGUUAUUACCUGCAUGAGCUCACCAAUUUAGCGUAUAUGAACUAAUCUGGUCUAUGCAUACUGAACAACUGUCAAAUGUAUACGUUUUAUUUUGUAUUUGUACGUGAAAUAUUGCUCUUUGUAAUAUAUGUUUAUUUUUUUAAUCUUCCCUUUACUAAUUCUGUCACUAUUAACACUUAAAUUCAUCAAACAGAUUUACUCCCUGUUGAAAUUAAGUUGUUAAUAAAGUUGUUGUAGAUAUCUUGCUUUACAUUCAAAGUAAUGGUCUAUGGUAAAAAAAUGGGGAGAUACUGUAUGACUGUAAAAAAGAGACUGAACAGAACCUUUGUAUUUUUUGGUUGACAUGUUCUGUGUUUGAACUUAAAACGUGGUACUUCAACACACUGACUAUUACAAGGCACUGGAACACUAAUGGCUAUAUCUAAAUCCUGCUACAUGGAUCACAAGGUUAGACUUUUAGUAGGUGGACACUGUAUGCUCUAAAAAAGAAAACGCUGAUUUUUGAAAAAAAGAGCCCUUUUUUCAUGCUGUUUUCAUGUUUAGUUUUCAGUUAACUUGAUUAUGUAAAUAUAAACAGACAUGCCUGAAGUCUGACAUACUUCA